GUGUGUGUGUGUGUAUUUAACAAUAUAACUAUACAUUAUUUUAAGAAAUAUGAAUGAUAAUGCAUGGAGAAUCUGAAGAAUUUGCAACAUCAAUUCGAAUAACAAAUCCGAUGGAAUUUCAAAUUUGGCGCUAAUGUCGACACUAAUUUGGAAUGCGCUUUGUCUUUAUUUUCUAAUAUAAAUAUUUAAACGGUCAUGGAAAAUCGAAUUCAUGAGGAAUUAAUUAUAAAAGAGGAAGAAAACGGGGAAGAAGAAUGUGAAUCUUCAACAAGCAAAAAAGAAGGAACGACACGAGAUAACACUGAAACGGCAAUUGGUAUACGACCAAGGCCUUUGAUCUAUAAACCAGAUAAUGCAAAUAUAGGGUGUAGAUCAGAACCUAUAGAAAGGAAAUGGCAUUGGGCACCAGGAGCAUGGCAAGAUGCAACCAGAACCAGUGCCUUUCAACCUUAUAAGCCACCAACUUUGUUAACUAAUUUGCAAAGAGGUAAUACCCGAACAAAAAUACCUCAACUUUAUGGAAGAACAGACAUUACAUUUCAUACAUUAGCUGGUCAAGGAGAACUUACUCCUGAAAGCAUUCAACCAGGAUCUGUAGAUCUUCCAGAUGAAAAAGGUUUAACAGGUCUUAUGUGGGCUGCAGGAUAUGGACAAUUAGGUAGCGCAAGACAAUUAUUAAAGGCUGGCGCAAAUAAAAAUUAUCGUGGUCACAAUGGAGAGACACCUUUACAUUUAGCUGCUGCUUAUGGACAUCAUGAUCUUGUUAAAUUACUUUUGAAUCAUGGCGCCGAUUCAAAUGCAAGUGACGAGGAAGGGAACACACCUCUUAUUUAUGGUGCUCAUGGUGAUCAUCCGCAUGUUUGUUUUGAACUUUUGUCUAGAGGGGCAGAUAUUACACAUCGUAAUGUGCACAAUAUAAGUGCAUAUCAAGCUGCAAUAAUAAAUAAUUCAUUAACUGCUAAAGCAGUUAUCGAAAAUUAUCUGUUGCAGCAAGUAGUAAAUGUACCAUCGGAUAUAUUGCAAUAACUUGUUAAUUAUAUAUUGUUUAAAUAUUUUUAAAAGUUGUGUAAAUAUUAUCAUUA